CCGCCGGGCCAAGAUGGAGGCGGUGACUGAGGGCAGCUGGAGCUCGCUGCCGGUAACGCUGAGCCCGGGAGUGCUGCGGGCGCUGCGGGAGCUCCGCUUCCACCAAAUGACCCCGGUGCAGUCUGCGACCAUCCCGCUCUUCAUGAGUAACAAAGAUGUUGCUGCAGAAGCGGUCACAGGCAGUGGGAAAACCUUGGCAUUUGUGAUUCCCAUACUGGAAAUCCUUCUCAGACGGGAAGAAAAAUUAAAGAAAAUGCAGGUUGGAGCUAUAAUUAUCACACCAACGAGGGAAUUGGCCAUUCAAAUUGAUGAGGUGCUGUCACAUUUCACAAAACACUUCCCCAUGUUCAGUCAGAUUCUCUUAAUUGGUGGUAGGAACCCCAUAGAAGAUGUUGAGAAGUUUAAGGAACAUGGUGGGAACAUCAUCGUGGCCACCCCRGGUCGCCUGGAGGAUCUGUUCAGGAGAAAAGCUGAUGGGCUGGACCUUGCAAGCUGUGUGAAGGCUCUGGAUGUGCUGGUUUURGAUGAAGCAGACAGACUUCUAGAUAUGGGCUUUGAAGCAAGCUUAAAUGCCAUUCUGGACUUUUUGCCCAAGCAGAGAAGGACAGGUCUGUUCUCAGCUACUCAGACUCAGGAGGUGGAGAACCUGGUGAGAGCAGGUCUGCGGAAUCCCGUCCGCAUCUCGGUCAAGGAGAAAGGAGUGGCAGCAAACAACACCCAGAAAACCCCAACACGCCUGGAGAACUACUACAUGAUCUGCAAGGCAGAUGAAAAGUUUAAUCAGUUGGUGCAUUUUCUUCGGCAGCACAAACAGGAAAAACAUCUGGUCUUUUUCAGCACRUGUGCCUGUGUGGAAUACUAUGGGAAGGCUUUGGAAUCCUUAAUUAAACAAGUGAAAAUAAUGAGCAUUCAUGGGAAAAUGAAGCACAAGCGUAACAAGAUUUUUACCGAGUUUCGGAAGCUCCCAGGGGGCAUUUUGGUGUGCACAGAUGUGAUGGCCCGUGGCAUUGACAUCCCAGAAGUGCACUGGGUGCUGCAGUAYGACCCACCCAGCAGUGCCAGUGCCUUUGUGCAUCGGUGUGGUCGGACAGCGCGGAUUGGCAAUGUGGGCAGUGCACUUGUGUUUUUGCUUCCCAUGGAAGAAUCCUACAUUAACUUUCUCUCAAUCAACCAAAAGUGUCCCAUGCAGGAAAUGAAACCRCAGACAAAUGUGUUGGAUCUUCUUCCCAAGCUGAAAUCCAUGGCCCUGGCWGACAGGGCAAUGUUUGAGAAAGGCAUGAAAGCCUUUGUGUCUUACAUCCAGGCUUAUGCCAAACAUGAAUGCAAUCUCAUCUUCCGGAUAAAAGAUCUGGAUUUUGCCAGUCUUGCCAGAGGUUUUGCAUUGUUAAAAAUGCCAAAGAUGCCUGAACUAAGAGGAAAAUGUUUUCCAGACUUUACUCCAGUCGCUGUUAAUACAGACUCCAUUUCAUUUAAGGAUAAAAAUAGAGAAAAGCAGAGACAAAAGAAAUUAGAACAACAAAGGAAAGAAAGAGAAGAAAAUGAGGGUAAAAAGAAAUUCAUAAAGAACAAAGCAUGGUCAAAACAGAAAGCCAAGAGGGAGAAGAAAAAGAAAGUAACAGCUAAAAGAAAGCGUGAAGAGGGCUCUGAUAUUGAAGAUGAGGAUAUGGAAGAAUUGCUGAAUGACACAAGACUCUUGAAAAGAUUAAAAAAAGGAAAAAUCAGUGAAGAAGAGUUUGAGAAGAAACUAACAGGCGGCCAAAGGUUCAAAGCAGAAACUGUUGAAGACAUAGAGUCUGAAGGCUGACAGUUACUCUAACCAUAUUUUUAUAUUMAAACAYUGCUUWUUUUAAUAAACCUGGAUUUCUAUGRAAAAAUGAUACAGAUAACAGAAUUUCCUUGAUAGACCUGGCAUCCCCAAAGACACAGAGCCUGCAGUGGAGAACAAAGCUAAAAGCACCACUCUGGUAUGGCAGRAGCUGCAGGUUUCCAUCAGCAGACUUGUCAAGUUUUAAUUUUGUUUUUUU